AGGCGGACCUUGGUCCCGCUCCUCCGAGUGGCUGCUUAUGCACGAGUAACGAAAGAAAGGCAAGUCCGGGACCAGGUCCCAAGAAACGGUGCGGUUGAUUUUUCCAUCUUCGCGUCUCCAUCUUUCCUGGAAUCUUCAAAAUUUGUAUUUUUAGCAGAAUGCCGCUUAUUAAACGCGUCUGAACUACAAUUCCCGGCAAGCAUCAGAUGGUAGCAUUCCCAGCAUUCUUUGUUUACUUCCGGGUUUAUAAUUACUGAAGGGAGAACGAGUGAGGCAGGGUUUCGGUUUGGGGUCUCGUUUCAACUGCCACCCCCUACGGCCUGGGCCGUGUGGAUACGAACGGGAGAAGCUGCUGUGCCCCGAGAGGCCGCCGCUCAAGAGUGCUGUCAUCUCCGCAAGCCAGGCCUUACCGGGAGCUCGGGGGCCUUCCAGAGUGAGACACCCAGCGCCCCUCUCCCGCCGGCUCGCCGCCGCCAUGGCUGAGCUGAUCCAGAAGAAGCUACAGGGAGAAGUGGAGAAAUACCAGCAGCUGCAGAAGGACUUGAGUAAAUCCAUGUCAGGGCGGCAGAAGCUUGAAGCACAACUAACAGAAAAUAAUAUCGUGAAGGAGGAACUGGCCUUGCUGGAUGGGUCCAACGUGGUCUUUAAACUUCUGGGUCCCGUGCUGGUCAAACAGGAGCUGGGGGAGGCUCGGGCCACAGUAGGGAAGAGACUGGACUAUAUCACAGCUGAAAUUAAGCGAUACGAAUCCCAGCUCCGGGACCUCGAGCAGCAGUCAGAGCAACAGAGGGAGACCCUUGCUCAGCUGCAGCAGGAGUUCCAGCGGGCCCAGGCGGCAAAGGCAGGGGCUCCUGGCAAGGCCUGACCCUAUGGUUGGGGGGCAGGGGAACCCAGGCAGCUCUAGGGUCUAUACUGUAGCUAAUAAAAUGUGAAAACACCUGGCUGUUUGACCAGCCA